UAAAUCUCGUAAAUUGCGAUAUUAACAGCAGUUUAUGCCUGAAUAGUUGCGGAUUAUUAAUCGCAAAUCAAAUUCUGUUAUCGCGAAGAAGAAAGUGAUUCUCGAAUUGAAACAUGAAACGGACGCUCUUACUUUUCUUCAUGCUCUCUGUUGCCACAGUGAGCCUCGCAGACGUUGCAGGAAACGUAGCGAGUGCUUUAGGAAUGACGAAGGAAGAAGUGCAGACAUGUUUCAACAAAGCAAAUGUAACACUCGACGAUCUAAUGAAAAUUGACGAAAUUUCCGAAGACAGGUUGCAGACUAUGGACUUCGACGAUUCAGCUUUAAAGGCGGGCUGUUUUUUCGCCUGCUUAUACCAAAAAAAAGCAAUGAUAAUAGGUGCGCCUGUAAAUAUGGACCAGAUAAAAGAGAUAAUACACUCCGAUAAAGGAAUUGAACCUAACCUACUCGCCAAAAUAUUGCAAAUACAUGAUACUUGUGCCAAUCAAGUUAAAAGCAUAACCAACGAGUGUAAAAAGAUCCUCAAAUACAUAUUGUGCAGCAGGUAUGAAAUGGAACGUACAUAUUAUCAGUAAUAUUAUCGAUAAGUAAAUAAAAAGUAUGGUAAUUAUAUUAGAGGUAAUGUUAUUAUGUUAUUAUAUUUGGUUAUUUGGUUGUUGGUAUUGGUUUGGGUAUUUGUUAUUAUAUUUCUGGAUCCUAAGACAUAAAUUUCCCAGAUACACUUAAAGCUGUUCCUUAUUUAAAAUAGGGGAAAAGAGUUCAAGAAAAUGUGUUCUUUCUUGCAAGAAAUAAGGAAGUUUUUUAUAGGAUUCCAGCAUUCAUACCGUGCUUGCGUACGUUUCUGUGUUAAUUAAGAAAAAGUUGCUUGUCAGUUUCCUGUUAUCACAAAUUUGACUUUGAAUAAAAUACAUGCUAAAAGUAGUUCUUUACUGUUAUAUAAAUUAUAUAAUCUAGUUUAAGCAACUGUGUCCGCAAUAAUGAAUACUCGUAAACCGUUGUAUAGGAAAAAGAUAAUAAAACAAAAAAUUAUGUAUUAUAUUAA